AUGUGGUCAUACCCCAAAGGAUUCGAGUACCCCGACGGCGCAACAACCCCCACCAGCAACAACAAUGCGACUCCUGAUCGGAGAGCCCCACAACAGCAAGAACCCAGGGCGACCCAUGCGCGAUCAGAAUCAUCUACCUUCCCCUCCUUUCGAUCCUCUUCGUCCUCAUCGUCAUCCCACCGCCACGACCAACCCACUCCCCACAACGAGGACGGCCAUCGCCACAACCAUCAGCACCAACAACAACAACAAUACCAACAACAUCGAGAGAUGGAGCGUCAUCCAGCCACCUCCUUGGCGACUAUUCUAAACGACCAGCCUGGACAAAGCUCCUCAGUUGGCCGUCACUCGCCUCCUACAGCUCAAUCGCAACAGCGACCAGCUUAUUUCUCGCAUCGCCCUCAUUCCCAAUCCCUCUCGCAUAUCCACUCCUACCCAUCCUCACAUCUUCACCACCCUCAGCAACUGCAUCAAAACCUCCAGCAACAACACCUCCAGCAUCUUCAUCAAAAACAACAGCAGCACCACCAGCAACAUCUCCACCAGCAACCACAACAUCCUUUGUCAACCUCGUCCACAUUCCCACACGACCACCGUCACCCUCACCCUGCCCCCACCCACGAACACGACGGAACAGGACACUGCUGUGACGCAAUGAUCGAGAUUCAACAGCUCCGACAAGAACGUGAUUGGUACCGCUCCCUCGCCGAGAAGACGAACGACGGUAGCAGUAGUGAUAGCAGUAACAGCAACCAAUUCAACGGAAGAAUGAUCACCUCCCCCUGA